UCCAUUUCAUUGUGCACCGUAGUGAAUCAUUAAACAUGCAAUGAGCUUCUGAGCUUGCUCUUUUUGCAUUUUAAUGACAAGAGAAAUAACCUUAAAACAAAGAAGAAAUACGGCAUCACUUUCCAAUUUAAAAAGUGGAGCCAAACACAGGACAGCAAUCUCCGUGAGUAGAAGAAAUGAAAGAUUGGAGCUCUGGGCCACCAAGGUAGCUGCUAUUUUCGGGAAAGGGUACCAGAAAAGAAGGCAGCUCGACAGAGAACUUUACAAAUCUGAGAAAAUUCCUAUCAUCUUUUAUAACAUCAUCUAGGAGAUCUUUGGCACAGAGUAAAUACUCUCAGUUACAUAAAAUAAAGAAUGGCAUAUUGUUGGAAAACAGAUCGCGAUUCCAGUGAAUCACAUGAAAAACAGCAGGAGCACCACGAAUCUCACUCUGUAAAUCAACCCCUUUUUCCUAGCCAAGUCAGUCUGGGAUUUGAUCAUAUAGUGGAUGAAAUCAGCAAUAAAGUCCCACUCUAUCAGAGAGAAAUUGAAAAAAACACCAUUUUUGUGCCCAGCGCAUCAAGCUGGGACUCAAGAAGGCACUCAUUAGAUGAAACACACCAAAUAUCCUUGAAUGAAUUCAUUUCUAGAAGUUCAGAGCUCUCCUGUCACCAAGGGAGUAAAACACCAGUAAUUGGCUUUAGCCAUUCUGUGCUACCAGAUUCUCAACGCAAGAAAAAAGAAAGCUCUUGGGGAAACCCCACAGAAAAUUACCAUGGUGCUGAUGAUUCCAGAUUCGAUAUUUUAGCUCCACCAUCAAGUGGUCUGGAUAAAACUAAUUCACGGAGCGAACUGGAAAAUGAAAAUCAUAACUACCAUAUAGGAUUUGAAAGUAGUAUUCCUCUUAUAUAUCCAACCUCCUCAAAUGACUCGAUGCCAAAAGAAGAAAAUAAAAGGAGGAGAAAUAUGAACAUUGUGGAACCUUCUCUGAUGAUCUUUAAAGGUUCUCUUCUACCCAGGACGUGGGAAAGUACAUGUCCAAAGAACAUAGAGCCGACAGGUUGUACCAUUCAGCUGGUUGAAGUACCUCAAGGCAGUAAUAUGAGUCUGGCUUCCUUUUGCGACAAAGUAAAAAAAAUAAGAGAAACCUAUCAUGCAGAUGACAUUAACUCCAAUUCGGGGAAGAUCUGGAGCACGACUACAGCAUUUCCAUAUAGGCUCUUUCCUAAUACUAAAUUUAAUAUAAGUAUUUUUACUGAUAACUCAACACAACAACUUCAUUUUAUGCCAUAUGCUAAUUAUCUUGUGAAAGACCUAAUCGCAGAAAUUCUACAUCUUUGCACCAAUGACCAGUUAUCAUCUAAAGAUCACCUUCUAAGUAUAUGUGGCUAUGAAGAAUUUUUACAAAAUGACCAGUAUUUGGGAAGCCACAGGAUAUUUCAGAAAAAUAAAUCUGUUCUUCAACUUACUCUACAGAAAAACAGGGAAGCUCCAGGAAAGUUAUCUCGAAAGCAUGCAGAUGACCACAGUCAGUUUUAUCUGAAUCAACUUCUACAAUUUAUGCAUAUUUGGAAAGUAUCCAGACAGUGUCUCUCAACGGUAAUAAAAAAAUAUGACUUCCACCUGCGAUACUUAUUGAAAACCCAGCAAAAUAUGGAUAAUAUGAUUGAAGAAGUUAAAAAUAUAUGUGGUGUUCUGGGAUGUGUGGAGACCAAACAAAUUACAGAUGCUAUAAAUGAACUAAAUCUUAUUCUUCAGAGAAAGGCAGAGAGUUUUCAUCAAAAUUCAGAAACUUCAACAAAAGGUUUGAUUGAAAAAGUGACAACCAAACUAUCCAUGUCCAUCUACCAGCUAAUUGAUAUCUAUUGCUGCAGCUUUUAUGCAGAUUUCCAGCCUCUGAAUGCACCUAAUAGUGUUUCCUGUGUAAAUCUUGGGCUCCAUUCCCACCUUAGUUUCACAGUGUAUGCUGCUCACAACAUUCCAGAGACCUGGGUGCACAGCUAUAAAGCAUUUUCUUUUUCCUGUUGGCUUACAUAUGCUGGAAAGAAGCUGUGUCAAGUGAGAAACUACAGAAAUAUUCCAGUCAAAAAAUUAUUAUUUUUCUUGGUCAACUGGAAUGAAACGAUCAAUUUUCCUCUUGAAAUAAAGGCACUUCCAAGGGAAUCUAUGCUCACCAUAAAACUGUUUGGGGUUACCUGUGCCACCAACAGUGCAGAUUUAUUGGCCUGGACUUGUUUUCCACUGUUUCCAAAACAAAGGUACAUUCUCCGGUCUGUGCUAUUCAGCACCACAUUGCAGGAUGAGCCUCCCCUAGAAAUGAUAGCUCCAGGAGUGUGGGAUAUAAGUCAGCCAUCCCCAGUGACCCUGCAGAUUAAUUUUCCAGCUACUGAGUGGGAGUAUAUGAAACUUGAUUCUCAAGAGAACAGAAGUGAUCUUGAAGAACCACCAAAAGAGUGUUUAAAACAUAUCUCCAGACUUUCACAAAAACAGUCUCCUUUACUACUCUCUGAAGAAAAGAGAAGAUACUUAUGGUUUUAUCGCUUCUACUGCAAUAAUGAAAAUUGCUCCCUUCCUUUGGUCCUGGGUAGUGCCCCUGGAUGGGAUGAAAAAACUGUUUCAGAAAUGCAUGCCAUUUUGAGAAGAUGGAAAUUUUCUCACCCUUUGGACGCUCUUGGACUUUUGACUUCCAGUUUUCCAGAUCAAGAAAUUCGUAAAGUGGCGGUUCAACAAUUAGACAAACUCUUGAAUGAUGAACUACUGGAAUAUCUCCCACAGCUAGUUCAGGCUGUCAAGUUUGAGUGGAACCUUGAAAGUCCUCUAGUGCAGCUCCUGUUACACCGCUCAUUGCAAAGCAUCCAGAUUGCCCAUCGUCUUUACUGGCUGCUAAAGGAUGCACAGAAUGAAGCUUAUUUUAAAAGCUGGUAUCAGAAACUAUUGGCUGCUCUCCAAUUCUGUGUAGGAAAAGCCUUGAGUGAUGAGUUUUCCAAGGAGAAGAAACUUAUAAAAAUUCUGGGAGACAUUGGGGAAAAAGUCAAAUCUGCCAGUGACCCUCAAAGACAGGAGGUUCUAAAGAAAGAGAUUGGAAGACUAGAAGAAUUCUUUCAGGGUUCCGAUACCUGUCACCUUCCUCUGAACCCUGCCGUGUGCAUCAAGGGGAUUGAUGGCAAUGCAUGUUCGUAUUUCACAUCUAAUGCUUUGCCAUUAAAGAUUACUUUCAUUAAUGCUAAUCCAAUGGGCAGGAACAUCAGCGUCAUUUUUAAGGCUGGAGAUGAUCUUCGUCAGGAUAUGCUUGUUCUGCAAAUUAUUCAAGUGAUGGACAAUAUUUGGCUGCAGGAGGGCCUGGAUAUGCAAAUGAUCAUUUAUAGAUGUCUAUCCACAGGAAAAGGCCAAGGAUUGGUGCAGAUGGUGCCUGAUGCUGUAACCCUAGCAAAAAUCCAUCGCCAUUCUGGACUGAUAGGACCACUGAAAGAAAAUACAAUCAAAAAGUGGUUCAGUCAGCACAACCAUUUAAAGGUGGAUUAUGAACAGGCCUUGAGGAACUUUUUCUAUUCCUGUGCUGGCUGGUGUGUGGUAACGUUCAUCCUGGGAGUCUGUGACCGACACAAUGACAAUAUCAUGCUGACCAAGUCGGGCCACAUGUUUCAUAUUGACUUUGGAAAAUUCUUGGGUCAUGCACAAACAUUUGGAGGGAUAAAAAGGGACCGGGCCCCUUUUAUUUUUACUUCAGAGAUGGAGUACUUUAUUACAGAGGGUGGGAAAAACCCACAACAUUUCCAAGAUUUUGUGGAGCUCUGCUGUCGAGCUUAUAACAUUGUCAGAAGACACAGCCGACUGCUCUUGAACCUACUAGAAAUGAUGCUACAUGCAGGAUUGCCUGAGCUAAGUGGAAUCCAAGACCUGAAAUAUGUGUAUGAUAACCUUCGUCCACAAGAUUCAGAUCUGGAAGCGACAAGUCAUUUUACCAAGAAAAUAAAGGAAAGUCUGGAGUGUUUCCCUGUUAAAUUGAAUAACUUGAUCCACACGCUUGCACAAAUGACUGCCAUAAGCCCUGCUAAAUCCACUUCACAGACUUUUUCUCAGGAAUCCUGUAUGCUGAGUGCAACUAGGUCAAUCCAAAAAGCGACCAUUUUAGGGUUCAGCAAGAAAACUAAUCAUCUGUAUCUAAUCCAGGUGACUCACAGUAAGAACGAAACAAUCCUCACAGAAAAAUCAUUCGACCAGUUUUCAAAACUUCACAGCCAACUUCAAAAGCAGUUUGUAUCAUGGACCCUCCCAGAGUUUCCUCAUUGGUGGCACUUACCUUUUACAAAUUCAGAUCACAAAAGAUUCAGAGAUCUAAAUCAUUACAUGGAACAGAUAUUAAAUGGAUCGUAUGAAGUCGCAAACAGUGAUUGUGUACUCAGUUUUUUCCUCUCUGAUCCUGUGGAACAGGCAGUGGAAGAACUGUCACCUGUGGACCUAGGUGAGAAGUUUCCUGACAAGAAACCUAAGGUCCAGCUAGUCAUAUCCUAUGAGGAUGCGAAGCUGACCAUACUUGUGAAGCACAUGAAAAACAUUCAUCUCCCAGAUGGCUCUGUGCCCAGUGCACAUGUUGAAUUUUAUCUUCUACCAUACCCCAGUGAAGUUCGUAGGAGGAAAACAAAAUCUGUUCCAAAAUGUACCAACCCCACUUACAAUGAAAUUGUAGUAUAUGAUGAAGUCACAGAGCUCCAAGGACAUGUCUUAAUGCUUAUUGUGAAGAGCAAAACCACGUUUGUAGGAGCAAUCAACAUCCGACUUUGUAGUGUUCUGCUCAAUGAAGAAAAAUGGUAUCCACUAGGAAACAAUAUAAUUUGAGCAUGACUCUGAACAUAUGCAUUUAUUAACUACUUGUAUUUUUUUCACUUUGGGGCCUCUCUAUCACAAGGUCAGGGCAUUUAUGUUAUCAAAGAUAGUGUGGUGUGCUAAGGACAAAAAGAAAUCAGGAUCAGUCUUUUAUAGUUAUUUAUUCUCUAUCUGGGUUUCAUUAUUUUCUUAGAAACUUUUCUCCAAUUGAUUGUGCAAUAUUCAAUGUGUAAAAUAAGGACAGGAGUUCCCAUCGUGGCUCAGUGGUUAAUGAAUCCGACUAGGAACCAUGAGGUUGGAGGUUCAAACCCUGGCCUUGCUCAGUGGAUUAAGGAUCUGGCGUUGCCGUGAGCUGCAGUGUAGGUCACAGAUGAGGCUCGGAUCCCGCAUUGCUAUGGCUCGGGUGUAGGCCAGGGACUACACCUCCGAUUAGACCCCUAGCCUGGGAACCUCUAUAUGCCAUGUGUGCAGCCCUAGAAAAGGCAAAUAAAUAAAUAAAUAAAUAAAUAAAUAAAUAAGAAAAGGACAUUUAAUUUUAAUAUAUCUUUUAAAUCAAACAUGCAUUCACAUUUUAAUUGUGUGCCUACAAUUAAAGGAAAUAUUUUAAUGUAUUUUCCAGAAAAGACAAGCAAAUAAAUAAAUCUCACCAAUUAC